AUGUCUGCGAAGUUACGCGUACUCCUACCUUCAUCCACACAGAACUUAGACUUAAAAACACCUGGAUCUGUGUUUAUAGCUCAUGAGGAAGAUAGUGCAAGUGAAACUAACAUCUUACAAUUAGAAACAUUUACUUAUCAGAAAGAAGCCAGUGAGCACGAUGUCCAAAAAAGCGAUAGUGAUGAUGACGAUUCUACUCUUAAUGAAGAGAAUGCUGCAAUAAGCGUCGAAAUGAUAGCUGAAGCUCUAUCAAACUAUGGUCGGUCCCCGGAUGGACUACAACGUGUUUUUCUAGAUGUUGAGCUGAUUGGUAGAAAUCUCAUCGAUAUAACAGAUAUUGCCAAGUUCAAUUACCUUCAGAAAGCAACACUAUCAUAUAACAAAAUCACUGAUUUAACUUCGCUGAGUUACUUGCCUCACCUCGUCUAUGUGGAUGUGUCGCAUAAUGAAUUAACGAAAUUACUUGACUUCAAACCUCCAACGAAUCUUAAAGGAAAUAAUAAGAUUAAGAAGAUUGAAAAUAUCGAGACUUUAAAGUGGUUACAGCAUUUUUAUCUAGCGAAUAAUUUUGUUCGGAGCCUUAAAGGACUGCAAAAUCACGAAAUGCUUGAAACUAUCGAUCUUGAAGAUAAUCAGAUUAUCGAUUACACAGAAAUAAAGUAUUUAAAAGAUCUGGAUUCUCUACGUGAAUUGAACCUUAAAGGGAAUCCUGUCCAGUCUUUACCGGAUUAUCGUCUGUCGAUGUUAUACCGAAUUCCAUGGCUAAUUUCACUAGAUCAUAAGAAAGCGCUUGAGACUGAAAAGGUUGCUGCAAAAAAUAUUUUUGCGCCAAAAACUGAAAGUGUAGCCUGUUUAAAUUUUGUUAACCAUCACAUGCAUUCAUUUGCCCAAUCGAGAAAGUUGUAUGAUAGCACCGAAUCGCAACUGCAUAAAUCGUAUCCUAUAAUUGUGUUUGUGGGACCAAGUGGCUCGGAAAAGAAAAAUCUAAUGUUCAAAUUAAUUGAUGAAUUUCCAUCAAACAUCGGUUACUGCCAACCGCUAACUACUAGAGCUGCAAGUACGAAGGAAAAAGACUUAAAACACUACCUAUUUGUUAGCGAAGAUAAAUUUGAAAUGCAGAUUAAAUUGGGUCGAUUUCUACAGACAUGUGAGAUAUUUGGACAGAAAUAUGGUAUAACAAGGAACUCAAUUGAAAAAAUUGCUAGAAGGAAGUUAAUUUGCUUAAUUCAUACAAAUUUACAGGGUGCAUUAACACUCCGUUGCAGCCACUUUAAACCACGUUUUUUGUUGUUGAUCCCGUUUUCUCACAAGAAACACGAAAAUAGACUAAGAAAGACAGCUAGAUUUUCAGACGGACAAAUUACUCAGAUUCUUGCGUCGCGUGAGGAGUAUAUUAACUUUAAUACCGAAACACCAGGCUUUUUCGAUUGCGUAAUUAAUACCGAUGAUGAUUGUAAUACAAUGGCGUAUAAACCAUUGCGCUCUAUAGCUAAAAAAAUGAUCGGGACUAAGAAUAAUUCACCGAUAGCACACUCAAGGAUAAGUCGGCACGAUGUCACAACUAAUGGGGUUUCAACACAUUACUUCAGCCAUAGAACAAUUUCAGAAUCUACGGGAACGAAUUCGACGCCAAUCUCAUAUUUUGAACCUACUAAAUUUCAUUUUGAGGACACACAGGAUGGUCAGGCGAUAGAAGAGCAAGAAGCUCCUAGACCGGGAACGAGAGGAGAUUAUAGCAUAGCUUAUGAAAAAAUGAAGCAAAUGGGCUUUAAGCCUCAAUCGGCUCCAUUACAACUAGAAAGCGAUGAUUCAUCGGUAUACUCAGAAUAUAGCCAUAAAAGACCAAUGUCAGCACCAGAGACUGUAUCUGAUGUUGAAAUUAAUGGAUCCAAACAUAUAGCAGAUAAUACAAAAUCCAUUAGCAGCCUCACUGAUAAUGGAAAGCAUCAAGCUCAGUUCAAGCUAUAUCAAUCAGAACCAAAGGAUAACAAAAGGAACUCCGUCAUUGAGCAAUUUAAUGAUGAAAUGAAAGUUUGGGCUGAAGUCAUGGUAGAUCAUGAGGUCGAUAACGUUUCAACAAACAAAGAGAUCGUCUUAUGA